AUGGCCACGACCUUCUCGACGGCGACUGCGAUCCCGCAACACGCACCCUACCAGCACCACGCCUACCGCAAGAGCACCCACUCGCAGUACUCGCCCACCCACUCCGGCGUCAACACGCCCGCCAACGUCUCGCCCACGUCGCCGCGCACCACACACCUGCCCCUCGCCCGCCACCAGGGCAUCUACCAGCCGCGCACCGCCAUCGGCAUCCCCGCGGCGCUGCGCAAGACGGAGAAGCCCAGCAGCAAGUCGCCGCCCAAGGUCGACUCGGGCGUGUCGUCCCCGAACCAGGGCUGGUCGGCUGGCACGUACGGGUGGGUCGCCAACGAGGGCAGCGCGACGCCCGUCUCGCAGAUUGGCAAUGAAGACAUGCAGAGCCUCUACAACGCCGAACCACUGUCGCCCGUCGCGGGGCCAAUCACACGCAACCACUGGCAGGCCGACGGUUCCACAUCGGUGUGUUCGGCAUCCAGCUGCCAGGAGCCCUUUGGCUUCUUCCAGCGGCGCCACCACUGCCGCAAGUGCGGCGGCAUCUUCUGCUGGCAGCACUCGCGCAACAACGUGCGUCUCGACGAGCUCGCGCGCUUCCACCCAGAAGGCCACUGGCACCGUGCCUGCGACCGCUGCCACAGCUCCUUCCGCGAGUGGGAGCACCUCCGCUCCAGCCGCACCAACAGCGAGAGCUCCGACAGCAGCAAUAGCAGCCCCGCUCCCGCAAAAUCCAUCGAGACCCCUGUCCCGGCUAAGCGUCCUGAGAAUACGCGCGUAGGCAGCCUCGCACAGAGCUUCCAGGGAACAUGGAACUGGAGCACUUUCUAA